AUGGCAUUGGUGAUCCAUGAUUGUUGCUUCCAUGCCCGACCGAAGUCUUCGCAAUCUCAACCGUCCAAUAUGUUCUCCGGCAAAUCCCUUGCUCCCGUAACGUUCUUUUACGUGAUUGAACCAGGAAAAUUAGCUUCACCUCACUAUAGAGUAGAGAGGUUUCCAUUUUUCGGAGAUAUUUCCACUCGAUCAUGUGGAAAUCGCAGUAUGUUGCCAAGUAGGGAAGGCAUACACGAAACACUUAAUGGUUUAUGCAAGUUUGAAGGAAGCUGCAUCAUCAACCAAAUGCUACCAGUUGGUGAAAAAAAAUUGAAAUGGAUAUUUCAUGAUGAGGUAAAAUUGUUAUCAAGGUCCAAAAUGAUGGGACUUUUAGUCAUCAACGCCUUUACCCUGGCGACUCCUUUUGAAGCUUUGGCAGAAAAAUGUGAAGCUGAAAAUUCGGUUUUUAACAUGCCUUUACUGCUAUUUGUAGCCCUCAUAGGGGCCACCGUUGGAGGCGGAAUUUGCAUUUCCACUUCAGGAGCCUCACUACAAAGGCAGGGAAAGUACCGGGAAGCCAUUAAAUACCACUCUAUAGUUCUGGGAAUGUCAGAGCGAGAAGGCGAAGACUCUGGAAACACAGAGGCAUAUGGGGCAAUUGCUGACUGUUAUACCGAAAUAGGAGAUCUGGAACGAGCUGGGAAAUUUUAUGACGAGUAUAUUGCAAGGUUGGAGACAGAUUAAACAGUUUCCAUGGCCAACAGGCUAUAUAGAGCAUUAGCAGAGGUUUGUAAUUGGAGAAUUUGAAUUGCAGACUCCCAGCAUGGUUUUUUGUAUCCUGGUGUGAUUAGUUACAGUUAGAACCUU